AUGCCGCUGAGCGGCUGCACCAAUAGUCUAGUGGGAUUGGUAACGUUGGUGACGUUGUUACUGAUACCUCAGUACUAUGUGCCAGAUCGCUUAGUUCCAGAGGAGCCGGUCUUAUCGAAGAAUGUCACACAAACGUGGGUGCCGCUAGACAUCCCUUCACUAGAUUUGUUCCUUACUUUGUUACUAGUGUCACUAGCAGCCAUUAUUUACAUCUGGUGCUGGAUUCAAAGGAAGCUACUGGAACGACGGAUUAUGAAGCUAAAUCAAAAUUUAAACGAGCGCUUGGAAGUAGUGCGUAGUUGGGACGCACGGCAGGAAGAACUUGAAGUUACUCUAAAAAUGAUAAGAAGAAAAGUAAGUAAGAAAUGGCGAGCUGUGGUCCGUGUGGUUCCCGUUUUCCUAGUUGUGGCCCGUGUGGUCCAUGCGGCCCGUUCGGGCCUUGUGGUCCGUGUGGGCCAUGCUGUGGACCGUGUGCGUCACCGUGCUCCCCGUGCCCAGGAUUUUGCAAACCUUGCUUCGGGCCUUCUUGCUGUCGUCCUUGCUCAGGACCCUGUGGACCAUGUCCACCUUGUGGCCCCUGUGGACCCUGCGGGCCUGGCCCCUGUGGACCUGGACCAUGUGGCUUCCGUGGCCCAUGUGGACCGUGCGGUCCAUGUCCAUCGUUUGGCCCAUGUUGCUGAGCUAUGUGCGUCCUGUGUUGUG